AUGAUGAAAAUGUCAACAACGCAGCGUGCUGCAGCUGCAGCUGCGAAAGCAAAACAAGUGAAAACAUGUUGCAACUGUUGGCAUAUCAAAUUCGGUAUUGUUAUUUUGGGAUUAAUAGAGCUUAUCGCUGUUGCACUGAUUCUGAGCGGUAUCUUUACACAAAUAAUCAACAAAAGUCGGAAAUUCAGUUGUGAUGAGAAAUUAGCAUUCAGAUUAUUUCGAGAUUGCAAUUCUUUAACGUUUGAUUGGACACUUGCUGGUGAUUAUUUCAUUGCCUUGCUAUUGUUUACCAUUGCAAUAUGUGUUUUAUUAUUAUUUCUGGGAAUUUUAAUGAAAUCACCAUUUUUAUUAUUACCCCAUUUACUAAUACAAGGCAUUUUUUUAAUUUCAUCCCUUGCUUAUUUUGUUCUUUAUGCACGCAGUUAUUUCUACAUCGAUUUGUACAAACAAAGAAAAACUUUCGACCUUACUGCUUUAUUGGAACGGAUGUGGUUAGCUACAUUAUUACUUAUUCUUGCUGCAUUUCAACUUUACAUUUUUUUUACCGUUAUCAAAUGUUGCCUAUACUUGAAGGAAUAUCAAAAUGAACGAUUACGACGAAUUAGGCAAUUUGAGGAAUGCAGGAAAAGAGUGCAAAAUGCAAAGCAAAAUGGUCUUUGGAGAUAUACUAGUUGGGGUGGUAGCUUUCAACAGUAUGUCGGUGAAUAUGAUAGUGAUAAUCGUAAAUUGAAAAAACGUGACAAGCCAUUAGGACAUGUCCAAUGGAAUUUACAAGCAAAUAUUGAAUUGGAUGAAUCAAAAACUUCAUUUAGUUGUCCUGUUGAAGCAUCUCAACAAUUAAAAGAGAUAACGAAUGAUGAAGAAAAUAGGCUAACUAAUAUUAUUCGAAAUACUAGUACAGAUGAUAAUGAAUCUAAUUAUUAUCAUAAUGAUAGCGAUUAUAUCAUUAAGCCAUCAUUAAACAAGGAAAGAGUUAACAAACAAUUUCCAAAAGUUGUACCGGUACAACCAGUAAAACCUAUUGUUACAACUAUUUCUGCAGCAAUGAAAGCUGCCAUUACCACAUCAAAAGAGAAAAAAUCUUCAGAUGAUAUUAGCCCGGAAAUAUCUAAUAUUACGGAACAGCAAUCAGGAAAUAUGGGAAAAAAGUAUGACGGAUGCUACUGA